AUGUCCCACCUGCAUGCGGACCACACCGGCGGCGCCCUGCUGUCAUCUCCCAAGGCCUCGUAUCCGAACGCCGCCGCUGUGAGGUCAGCCGUGCUCCAGGACCCUCGCGGCCCCCCCAGUUACCGCCUGAAGAUCGCGCGGGAGCGGCUGGUGCAGGUGCAGGCAGAGAUGAAAAUGGUGAUGGACGAACUGCUGCUCCUGCAGCUGGACCUGGAGCAGUCCGAGGAGAGGGAGGGGGAGGACGCCGGGGGGCGUGCCAGCACGGCCGCGUAA